UUGGCUCGUCCUGAAACUCUGCAACUCUUUUCCAAUCUGCUCUCCCCUGUCCGAUCCGGCGCUUAAACUCUGGUGACGCGACUAGGAAGGUCCAAGAACAACAGUGCUCUAGUUCGCCUUUGAAUUGAUUGGAAUGUCAGGGCAGGACGGUUGGUGCAGCACCCGUUGUGCUCUGCCGUGCCUUUAGAUCAUCAAGCUGCCGUAAAAAGUUUUUUGCUCCGGUUCUGGUUCACAUGUCGUGCCCUUGCACCGCACAGUUGCACUCGUACUCCAAGGUCCUCGCAAAGAUGCGCGGUGGCUGUCGUCGCACCCGUUGCGAUCGAUGGCUGAUCCACUCGCAUGCAAUGAUGCAACACAGCAAUCCUUAUCUUCUCUGUCUCCACGCACAGUCACAGACUCACAGUACGCCUAUGCAAUAGAUGGAUACCAGACCACACACAAUCCAAACCAGUGGCAGUCCUCCUGCUUCUGCAAUCAACAGCAGGGGCAUGCUUGUCUGAACAUUCAGAGUUCUAGAUGCGGACGUAUAUUCGCUGAAUUUCUGCCCACCCUACGGUGGCUAUCCGCUCGUGAAAUCUGUGCCGGCGGCCGGCCAGACGAUGUAGCCGUCGGCCCGCAGCUAAUAAAACGUGUGGAAGGCUCGUGGACGCAGAUGGUAGCUAGGCAGCAUUCAAGUUACGAGUAGCAUCAUGCAGUUGCAACGGCGAGACAGCAAGUCAGCAACAGAGCAUGUAUGAGUGAGUACGAGCUCAGUACGACCGCCGUAAUUGGCCGGGACACACACACACACGGCCGGCUGUCUCCCUUCCGGUGAUCGUGGAUAGGAUGCCAGCCAGGGACCCCAGCGCAUUGACGCCCCGCUCGGCAUCGUGUCAGUGGCUGCUCCACAACACACAAGCCACGCCCCCAUGCCCCAUCUGCAGCUCAUUUAUAUAGCGGCCGGCCUUCGAGCGAGGCCGGCCUUCUCGUCAGGUCAAGCAGUUCCGCACUGGUCCGGUAGCUCACCUACAACAAAUCUGCAGCAGCAGCCUGCGCCGUUGCACUGUGCAAAAUUUACUCUGCUGCCUGCAGCCUCCCUUCUUCCUCAUCCUCUUCCGUUUCUUCUUCGUCCGAUCCCUCGCGAUGGCGAUGCGGGCGGAGGUGCUGUUGCUCGCCGUGGUCGUGACGGCCGCGGCCCUCCUGUCGUCGCUCGACUCGCGCAGCGACGUGCGGCUGCUGGAGAUAGGGGACGGCGACCUCGAGCUGGUCCCGCUCGACGGCGCCGCGGGGCCGGAGAGCGUCGUCUUCGACAGGGGCGGCGAGGGGCCGUACGCGGGCGUGUCGGACGGGAGAGUCCUCAGGUGGCGGCCGGAGGAGCGGCGGUGGGAGGAGCACUCCUGCUCGGCGCCGGAGCUGUUGGACAGCUGCAGAGGCUCGCAGAACCCGGGCCGGGAGGACGAGUGCGGGCGUCCACUGGGCCUCAAGUUCCACGACGAGACGGGGGAGCUGUACGUCGCGGACGCCUACCACGGGCUCAGAGUGGUUGGGCCGGAGGAGAACGUGUCCCGGCCGCUGCUGCCGCCGGAGUGGCAAGGCAGCCGCCCCUUUAGCUUCGCCAACGGCAUCGAGAUCGACUACGAAACCGGAGCCAUCUACUUCACCGAGACCAGUACAAGGUUCCGGAGAAGGGAGUUUCUGAACAUUGUUAUAUCCGGCGACAAUACCGGUAGAUUGUUGAAAUAUGACCCCAAGAGCAACGAAGUGGAAGUCUUGGUUGAUGGUCUAUCUUUUGCCAAUGGCUUGGCUAUGAGCACGGAUGGCACUUACCUUCUCCUUGCAGAAACCACAACUGGCAAAAUUCUAAGGUACUGGAUCAAGACACCAAAAGCUUCAACCCUAGAAGAAGUUGCCCAGCUACCUUGGUUUCCGGAUAACAUCAAGAUGAGCCCUAGAGGAGGGUUCUGGGUUGGUCUCCAUGCAAAGAGAGGGAAGAUCGCCGAGUGGUCGAUCUCGUACCCUUGGCUGAGGAGAUUGAUAUUGAAGCUGCCGAUGCGGCAUGUCCAACGUGCAUCCUGGCUUUUGAAUCGGCUUGGCCGUCAGGUUAUAGCGUUGAGGUUGAAUGAGGAUGGGAAAACAAUGGAGGCAAUUAGUGUUCACGGUGCUAUCCAAAAGGUUUUCAAAUCGGUUAGCGAGGUGGAAGAAAGGGAUGGGAGCCUGUGGAUAGGCUCUGUUAUGGCCCCAUUUCUUGGAGUUUACAGGUUGUAGAAGUAUUUAAAUGGUAUGGUUGAAUAUACAUCUGCAUAUAUAUGGUAGUCGUUUAAUAGAGGAAAAUAACAUUAUACGCGUGUAUAUGGUACCAUUUGCUCUAUAAUAUAGUGAAGAUUAUUAUCUACAA